UCGCAAGCCAAGAACUGUCCAAGGCCAUGAAAGGACCUCGUGCCAGAGCCACGGCUGGGAUUUCACAGCACGUGAGCCCGAGCCCCUUCCUCUGCCCCUCUGAGAAGAGCUCAGGUGAGCUGCCAGCACCCGGUCUGAUUUCUGCCUUGGUGGGAGCUCCGAGUGGAUGUCUGGGGGUGAGAGGAGCGGAGUGCAGGCAUGGGAAGAGCAAGUGUCAAAUGUUUCUGUACGAUGACCAAGCAGGUCCCUUCCCAUCCCGAACUUUCUGCAGCUGCUCAGUGUCCAGAGAAAACUUGUUUGUGAAAUCCGUUCCCUGAGGCAGCUAAACCCUUGUUUUGUGCUGUAGUGUUGUGUUUGUGCAGACAUUGAGGGCAGAUCGUUGUCUUGCUGAUGAAUAACAGAGGGAAGAAAAUUCCAUUUAGAGUGACCUCCAAAGCUGGAGGACAGAGGAGUCGGAAGAAAGCUCAGUGGAAAUCCUGUGGAAGUCCAUGCUUGUUGCUGACGUGGUGUCCUGUGAGGAGUUAGGCUGCCAGAGGUGCCUGUGGCUUUCCUUUCAGGGGCAAGCUGCCCAGACCGUGGUGGUGUUGUACCUUUUUCUGCACAUUCCUUAUGAUGCUUUGGAAGAUGGCCAAAGUACAGUUCCUUGAUACAUCCUUCAGCUUUUGCAAAAUGUUUCUGUUUUUCUGUUCAAAUCAGGAUGGUUCUCUGUGAUAACUCUGGGAGUCAAGAAGUCGUCCUCUGUGUGGUGUUUGCUCCGGUCUAGCUUAACAGCAAGGAGACUCCUGGGGCCCCCCAAGUGAGCGCUGUGAACCUGUCUGGGUACUCCAAAUAGCUCCAGGUUCUCUUUGUAUCGACCACAAAACAAGUCCCAAAACAGUGAGCAGUCCCAGUGAGUGUCCCUGACGUCAUGGCACCUGUGGUUCUUGGCUGACACCCAGCUUGAAACCUCCACUAGCAGCAAAGGGAGAGAGAGAAUUUAGAAGACAAAGUUUAUUGCAGGUGGAAUACAUAAAGAUCAUCUACGAAAGUCAAGAGGAAGCAGAAGGCUCUUCUAAGCUGCAAGAGCUGCAGAGGAAGUGGUUCGUCUCAGGCAGGGGCAAGAAGUUGCUAUAGAGAUCCCUCGUUGAUAGUCUUGUAUGUCCUUACCUGUACGCUGAGCUGCACAGCAAGUAAGACUGUAUGCUUCUUCCUCUGGGCUCCAGGAGUCUUUACCACUGCUGCAGGUGGGUGACGUCCUAGGUUUGCUGUUCUCAUAUGGCUGAAAGAGCUCAAACUGUUUCAGAAUCAGUCAGGAGGUGAACUAUACCAAAAGUGAGAUGUGUUGUGUUGGAUAUGCCCUGCAGUCUGCUUGACUGAGGGAAAAACAGCAUUUGGAGAAGAAAUUCGUUUGGUCUGACGAGGAGAUGAGGCUCAGGGUAUCGGGUGCAGAAGCUGGAAAUGCACGUGCCAUCCUACCCACCACUUCUGCUAGCUGGAGCCAUGGGUUUAAACCACCAUGCAGAAAUUCAGCUGGAUUUCUUUUCCUUGAAAAGAAAUCAAAGAAAAUCAGCAUUAUCAGCUGGAAAACAACAACAAAAAAAAGUAAUAUGUCAAAUGAAGAUUAGAAAGCUGUACUGAAAAUCUCUACAACAGGCACCACGCGUGAGUAAGGCUGCUGAAUCCCUGCAUUGAUCGAUGCUGGCUCAGCUGCACCCAGCUCUGCAACAGUGCCACCCAGUGCACCUGAAGUGGGAGACUUGCUUCGCAUUUUGCAAACUUUAAGACCUAGGAAACACGGAAUGGUUUCAUCUUCCUGGCCUGGAGGCUGCCCCAAACACAGUGAUGCUGUGUAAACAGGAACACGGCAACAGCAGCCCCUGUCUUUCUGGCUGGUGUUUCAAAAGGUGAGUUUUCAGCUUCUUAUGCGACCACAAUGCCGAGAAAUGCCUUAGAAACAAACUCAAACCAAUACCAGCAAGUUUCUCAGCCGGCAACUUGAGUAAUGGGGAUGGGAGAAAUGCUACAAAUAGCAUGAGAAUUUGUAACAGAGCCAGCUCCACCUCCAGGGCCUGGCCUGGAGCCAGCCAGAGUUAAUUCAUUCCUAGUGGAGCUGGGAGCCUGAGGGUACUGCUGAUACAGCCAUAUUGUGUUCUCCCCUAGCACUUGUUCAGGGAGGUAGCAGAGCUGAGGCUUCACCUAAAAAUAAUGGUGUGAAAUAGUAGUUUUGCCCUGACAGGAGCUUACCAAGAGGCACAAAGCUGUGUGAUCUUCAGCAUGCAGUGCCUUCUUGUGCAGCAUCUCUAUAGCAAAAAGCAGCUCUUCACAUCGCGUCAGGAUGACUGCACCACUGAGCUGUGCUGCGAGCACAGCCCCAGCUCCAGGCACGUGUGGUGUGGGCUGGCCGACAGCGGCGCCUCGCUGGGGCAGGGGGCAGCUCUGGGCACGGGGCUUGGCCAAGCCUGCGAUCCAUGUGGUUAUCACGUCCAUUAUACAGCGAACACGCAGCAAUUCACUUCCCUCGGGGUGGUUUAAUUCCUCUCUCUGAGGGUGGUUUGCCUCCCAGUCCUUACUGCAAGCAGAGCAGUAACAGAGCAGCCUCUGCCCAGCCCACUACCUGUGGAUUUGCAGUACUGCUUUCCAGCCACAAAGCUGUCCACCACCAAAACCAGGUGCUUUGUGCCAGGUGCUUUGGCCCCUUGUCUGUACGGUUUCUGUCAUGCAGGAGCUGGCAGGUGAUAUGUAGAGCACUGCAGUUACCCUGUCCUCACCACCACACAGCCAGAGAGCUCUGGUGACUGAAAUUGAAGAAAAUCUCUGCUUUGAUUGUAGAGCGAGCCUUUGGGGAAGUAAUCAGGUAAGAGCUGUUUUGGUUUAGUGCUGUAAUGUGAAGACUUUUGUAGCGCUGUAACAAAGACUUCUGUCUAGCUCCAGCAGUUCUGCUCCUGGCACUGCCGCUGGCUUGCGAAGCUCUGAACAGCUCACUCGGCCUGUGCUGAGCUCCCUCGCCACCUGCACCACCUCUGCCACUAUCCUGGAAGUGUGCUGGAAAGUGGAAAAACAACAAGUAGGUACUGCACUGCAUAGCUGUUGGUUGACUCGUUUUGUUGUUGGGACCAAUGUCAGAAUAAGUGUUACCUCUCCCCAUUUCUAUAGGCUGAAUUACUUUUGGUUGUAGAAUAAAAAAUACGGCAGCAGCCUUCCGCGUGAAGGCUGCUGCAAGGGACUUAUAAAGUCCUCUCAACAUGUAUAGCCUGGGGCAGGAAGGUGCCAGGCUGAGGGCAGACAUUAGCACUGCUGAGCUGCUUUUAACCUGGCCCCGAGGUUAACCAUUGCCCCACAGGCACGUGCUCAGUGACCCUGAACGGCAGCCUGGGGGAAGCUUUGCAUCGUCUCCUGCUGCCUAAGUGCUGCCAGAGCAAUCACGCCGCCUCCUGGGGUCAGGUGCUGCACGAGAACUCAUUUUCCUGGUGAGACUUUAACCAGUCUCCAUGGCAAUCAGUCAGCAGGCUGCCAGCACCCCGCGUCCUUGCCUCUCCUUCCUGCUUGCUGGCUGCCCAGGGGUGCUCAGGCAUUGGGUGCACAGCACAGCACCUUCCCUGUGCAUGUCUAGGCCCUUUUUGCUCUCCUCUGGUGCUUUUCCAGCCCCUGAGCCACGCAUGAGCUGCCUGCUUCCUUCAGGAGGAGCAGGACCCCCCAGCGGGAGCAGGCAAGGGAGGUGGCUGCCAGCACAGGCACUCAGGAGCUUGAAACCGAUCCCAGGUUGUUCACCCCAUCCCUGGGAAGUUCCUGAGAUGCUCCUGUACCUCUGUCCUGGCUUAGGAAGCUUUUGCUCUGUUCCAUGGAUAACAACUAUUUUGUAAGAAUAAUCAUGGCAGGGAAUGAAAUUAUGACGUGUUUUUGGAAAAAUUCAGAGUAAUUGGAUAAAGCAUCCAUUGCCUCACUCCAAGUCUUUGUACUGAAAUACAGGCCUGGCUCGUGUCCCUGGGGGUGGAGCACAGAUAAAAGCAUCUUUAAUGCUGUCUGAAUUAAUUACUCCUAAAAUCUCCUAACUCGUUUGAUUGAAACUUGCUGUGAAAGGUCUCUCUGUGCCAUUUCAAAGUGUAACUAUGUAUUGAAACGCAGUCAGAGCACCAACCGCUGAAUUUAUGUUAUUUAUUUUCAGUAUAACAUAAACUCCAUCCUAGCAAACACUUAGCCCUGUGUUUCACUGUAAGGCAUGCGUGCUCUGGCGUCGUGGCCUCAGUGCAGCUAUUCAUGGGCAAAGCCAAUGCCUAGGCUGCUGUCUUUAUGACAUGUGCUUUCAGCAUGUGCUGAAAGAUGUGACUUGGCCUUUCUGAAAAGGGGCUCUUAAAAUUCUCUACCCACAUGCUAUAAACCUGUAUCAUGAGGAACUCGUGGGUUGUAUAUAGGUUACAGAAAAUGUAAUUGUGUAACUGCGUUAAUGCAUUCCUGAGCUAAGGUGCUGAAAUAUGUGCUAGCUGCAGAAAAUAGUGCUGGGGGGGUUAACUAGCCGUGCUUGGGCACCUCCUGGACAGCCCCAGCAAUGCUGCGAGCAGGUCCUUGUGCCUCCCCAGGGAGAACAGAAGGUCCCCCUGCAGGAGCAGCUCUCUAAGUGUGCUUAAUGACAUUUUUUUAAAGCAUUUGGAAAAUGUUUCAGUAUGCUGGGGACCACUUAAGGACUGCAAAAAAAGCAUUAUGAACACAGGAAUAAAAGCCCCAGGGGCUGGGUGGGGUAUCCGGGGUGAGCCCUGGGCUGCUCGCGCUGCCUGGCUCGGGGCGCCCCAGGGUGGCAGCACCCCGGGUGGCAGCACCCUGGGCUGAGCCGUGGCACUCGCAGCCAGCGGCACUCCCAGCACGGCUGUGGGGCCGGUGUCACAGCCCUGUCCUGCGGAGGUGCUACUCUGCCCCCUUCUGCUGCGCCUUUCUGCUUGCUCUUCUCUGCGAGAGCAAAGCCAGGCUGAACGCACGGCGUGCCUGGUACCUAGUGUAAGAGGUGAUAAUCAAAACAAACAAAAAAAAGGGACCUUAUUUAUCAGUGUACAGUUGACCUUAGUGCAGGACACUUCUGAGACUUGCUGCAAAGCUGGGAUCAAGCACUGUCCGAGCUCUGGUUUUUAGGGUGAGCACAUCCCCGGGGUGAAGUGCCGCCGGACCAAAGUUUUAUUGCUGAUCCAGCUCUGGCUCUGCGAUGUAGUCCUGAAUGCAGAGACUUGUCCCACUCUGUUUUUUACCUCCCUGAGCUUAUUUUUCUUUGUUCUAUUUCAUUUUUCUCUGCUUUCAGACAGGUGGGGACCCCACUGGCUUCUCUCCCCAGGGACUUGUCCUUCCAGACCUCAGCAGAGGUACAGACCAGGCAGGGGAGCCUUCCUCAGAGCCCUGCCACAAAGCCUGUUCUUCAAGGAUUGUCCCUCAAAUAACAAUGUUUUGUUUAGCUUUACAACUUCUUAAGUCCCUCUCUUUAGUUUCUCGUGUUUUGAAUAUAUAAUUGGAUAAUUUCCAGGGUGGAGAACUACUCACUAAUUGUAUACAGGUGGAUCACGACAUCUUUCGUGCACUUGCUUGGACUGAGUUCCCACAGCCCCGGAGGCCAGUUCACGCUUCCAGAGCUUGUCUACUUCAUUUGGUACCAUAACUGUACUUGGAAAUUCUGCACUGUUUUGCACAAACAGAUUUCAAAGCACAUUCUGCCACUCCUAGAAACAGAAGAAAAUUCCCACCUGCCCUCCCUUUCUCUGCCUUUUCCCCUGCGGGCUCAUUUUUGUCUCUAUACACGUUUCAGCCUGUUUGGCCUUCCCAAAGCCACGUUUCCUUUAGAGGAGGCAGAAAAAAACAACCAAAACAAACUUGCAGGAGAAAAGGCAGAGAAAGGGAGGGAAGGCAUCUUCUGUACGGGGAAGAGCUGUCCACUCAGUAUGGCCUCGGACUUGGGAUGUCCCUGCCCUGGCACCGCAGGUCCCGCAGAGAGGCCCCAGCACUGGGGCACGGGAGGCAGGGCCCUGAGGCCAGGCCUGUCACAGCACGGCCACGCGUGGCAGCUCUGCAGCCCCCACACGGUCGGGUUGCUCAGGCCCCAUCGGGAGAUGAAGGCUCCUCGUGGGGCCAGCCCUGGGCGGGCAGCUCCCCAGGCAGGAGCUGGCGGUGUCCCACGGGCAGAGGCUGGGCCCGGAGCCCCAGGGCCCCACAGGGCCUCCACCAGAGGCUCUUCUGGCUGGUGUGAGCCUGAGCAUUUUCUAGGCUGUCCUGAUCGGAUCCCAUCACAGGGCUGAGAUGCUGGUGUUGCCGAAAACCCCAGGUCUGUUCCACCAACCUGCUGCAACAGCACCCCAGGAGCUGCCUGCCGCAAGCCUGGCCCCAUGCAACCCCACGUCCACCACGGCCUCUGCUCCCGGAGGAGCGCUUCCACCUGAAGCUUACAACCAACACCAUGAUACAUACGGCAUGGUGCUCUCCAGGUACGUGGGGGAGGUGGACGGAGGAGAUGGCAUUUUGAAGGAGGAGACACCCCCCAAGAAGUUCAGGUGCCCGCUGCCACCACAGGCUUCUCUGUGGCCCAGCUGGCAGCCCCGUGGUGAGGAGCAGGCAGCAGCCCUGGUGGGGUGCUGGGGGACACGGUGUGAUGAGACAGCCUGUCCCUCGGGGUCAGGUCCCCUGGCCUGGCCAGCUAAAGCUUCUCCAUCGCAUAGAUGCCAGGAGCUGGUUUCAGGGUGGUGUGGGGUGCGUGAUGGGACAACCUCAGCUCCACACGAAGCGGGGUCACCUGCAGACGGAGCUUCAGGGGUGGUGUGGAGUGUCCUACCCGGCCCUCAGCUGGCUGGGUUUUGUCUGCAGCUCCGGCUUAUGGCAACAAGGGUUUCCCUUGCUGCACCCACUCCUGCCUCCCCUUGCGCCCACGCACCCCACACCCGCCUCGCCCCCUGAGCCUGCCCCGCUCCACCCUCCCCUCUGCUCCUGCCCUGCAGCUGCUUCGUCACCCAGAAAUGCGGGGGAGGCUUCAUUCCUGCGCGAAGCGCUCGGAGCGUGUCUCCUGCUCCCCCCUUGCCUGGUUUCCCCCGGCUUCUCCUCCUUCCUGUCCUCCCACCCCUGCUCCAGCUUCCUGCCCUUUGAUGUGCCUCCGCUCCUUUGCUCCCGGGCAGGCGCCGCCUGCCAGGUGGAGGUGAGCCCUCCCCACCCCACAAUUAGCUGUGAUCCGAAGGUUCAGCUUUUCCCUGACCCCUUGCUCUGUGUGGCCGGGCUCACAGCACCACCAUGGCCAGCAGAGCCCAGAAAUGUGCCCCUCGAGAUGGUGGCACCAGCCCCAGGCAGGUCCCAGCAGCCAGGGCUCUGCUUCGAGGCACCCGGGGCUGCCCUGGCCCGUCCCUCCAUUGAUGGCCUUUUUCAGGGGGGGACAUUGGCUCCUGGGGCAUCGUUUGGGCAGCCAGGGGCUCCUGAGCAUGUGUGCGUAUGUGUGAGGAGGGCACAUGGUGCAUGUAAGAGCACACAUGGAGUGAAAGUCUCAGCAGAGAUAAGAUUUUAAAAAAUGUAAUUGAAGGCACGGAGCAUCCUGCCUGUUACUCAACUCUGCUUGCAUAACCCCCGGGACCGGCAGCGUUCACAGAUGACUGCGCCGCUGUCAAAAUCAUUUGGUGGGCACUUGUUGGAAAAACUGUCAGGUCAGCGCGGAACUAAUUGCACAGGCAUCUUUCACUAAUAAUGAGAUUUAAAAAUCUAGAAAAAUACCUGCCAAAUACUUUGGAGCUCUCCGGAUGAGCCUGCGAUGCCUCUCGGUGCUCAAUCCUCCCCGUGUACCGGGGCUGACUGGGAUGGGGACGGUUCGGAGCCUGCCAUGAACACGCAUUACAGGCCACGUGCCAUCGCCCAUGUCACCUAACAAAACUCAUGCUGUGACAGUCCUCCUGGCAAGGUGGCCUGGUAGGUGUGGAGGAGCCAGCGUUCCCCCUCCUGGCAGGAGUUUCACCCUGGUGCUGGUCCCCCUGCUGCAUCCCCUGGGAUGCUGGUGUGUCCCUGAGCGUGCUGCCGCUGCCCCGAGCAUCUGCAGGGACUUGGAGCCCCCAGACCAGGCUCUGCGUGGGGCAGGGGGUCACACAUCGCCCCUGGGAGCACGGCGGUGGCUGCUCGUGGGCCAGAGGGAGCAGGACAGGAGCUGCUGCUGCUUUCUCAGGGGCUGCAGUCCUUCUCCUCUCCCUGCCAUCCGCACCCAGGGCUGCGGCGAGGGCUGCUCCUGGGCGCUGCGGGCGGCUGGGCAGCAGGGAGCUGAGCAGCUGGGGAGCUGAGCACAGACACACGGGGCGCCUUUGUUUGCCUGGGUGAGCAGCCAAGUUGCAGCCCAUCUCCGGCUUCGUACCAGCUGCAGAUCUAAAGCAGCUGACCGGCCCUCCAAAAAAACAAAACACGUCUAGGACCAGGGAGUGGCUUGCGCUGGUGCUGAAUAAUGAUGGUCCUGGCACGCUUAUAAAGCCAUGAGGCGGAGAGCUCGCUACAGAGCUGAUCCUGGCAGCCCUGGCCCUCCGCAGAGCAUCGCUGCACCUCAUCAGCCAAGGUCCGUUUCCCACCUGCAUCCCGGCACAACCAUGCUGGGCACGGCAGCGCGGCUCUCAGUCCUGCUCGGUCUCCUCGGCUUCGGGAACGGGCAGAUGUUUCACAUGGGGCCGUGCCCAGACCCCCCCGUGCAGGAGGACUUCGAUAUCUCCAAGUAUUUGGGAAAAUGGUACGAGAUAGAAAAGCUGCCCUCGAAUUUCGAGAAAGGAAGCUGCAUCCAGGCAAAUUACUCGCUGAAGGAGAACGGGAAGUUUAAAGUGAUCAACAAGGAGCUGCUUUCCAGUGGCAAAGUUAACGAAGUUGAAGGAGAAAUCAUGCACACGGAUGUGAAGGAGCCGGCCAAGCUCAGUGUCCGCUUCAACUGGUUCAUGCCUUCUGCCCCUUACUGGGUAAUCUCCACCGACUACGAAAACUAUUCGCUGGUGUACUCCUGCACGAACAUCCUCUGGCUCUUCCAUGUUGACUACGCCUGGAUUAUGUCAAGAGCUCCCGACAUGCACCCGGAGACUGUGGAGCACCUGAAGAGCGUCCUCCAGUCCUACAAGAUCGACACUGAGAAAAUGAUGCCCACGGAUCAGCUUAACUGCCCCGCUGACAUGUAACUCCCGGCACGCAGCCACACAGCACCAGACGAGCUAUGAACUUUGUUGCUUUUGUUAUUAGCCAUUAGAUUUCUCUUUGUAACAGAGAAAUGCAAUAAUCCCUUUGCUAAUGGUAGUUUGCCAGCCCUGAGUCACUCCGUGCUGUUGUUCCCUCUGUUGCUGUUCCCUGUUUCAUCUCACUCUGCCUGAUUUUGGCAGGGUGGCUGAUUCAAAGCUGAUGGGUGCAGAAAAGAAACCCUGACGUGCAGGCGUGAAGCUCUGCUGUUGCUUCAAAUCCUCCAGCAUGGGGACGCAGAAAGUUAUGAGCUGCUAUGUGCAAACGUUAGCCCCAGGGGGAACCAUGCACCCACAACUUGUUUUGAUGCUUCUGGGCCUGCUGGGAGCACAGGGUGUCUGAGCACAUGGGGUCGGUGCUGCAGCCUGGGGCUGGGCGUUUCGAGCGCAUUUUCUGGUGCGGGGCAGUAGGUGGAAGCUACUGCCAAGUCAGUAGAUCUACUUGCUAGGGUUCGGGUCUGGCCUUUUUAAAGUCUGAGAAGUCUGAAAAUGUCCAGAAAAACAGCAUUGCUCCAUCCCUGGUGUCUGUACAUGUCUUCCUGUGCUCCUAGCGAGGCUGGUCCUGCACUACGAGAGCUCCGAGUAUACCCGUAAGCAGACAGAAAGAGUGGGGGCUGCUUGCUUGGCCUCUGCUCCCGAGGCUUUCCCCUGCUCACUGCCUCCUGUGCGCCCACUGGCUCUACCCUUGCCCUGCCAGGGGCUCUGCUACAGCUCUGCUCACAUAGCACUGAUGCAACUCAUUAAAACAAAAUCCAAACA